AUGGAGUGCGGACUUCUCGAGGCCCUAGUCGGAUUUACUGUCGUAGUAAUAGCUUUUUACUACUAUCUAACUUUACACUUUGAUUUUUGGAAGCAGCGUAACGUUGAAGGACCAAAACCCAUCCCAUUUUUCGGCAACCUCAAGGAUGUCUUUUUUGGAAAAACACACAUGGCCAUGCUGACCACACGAUUCUACAAUGAAUAUAAAAAUGAGCCCAUAAUCGGUAUGUACUUGAAUUGGAGUCCUGCACUGAUUUUGCGGGAUGCAGACAUAAUCAAGGACGUGCUGAUUAAGGAUUUUCUCGUUUUCUGUGAUCGUGGAAUUUACAUCUCAAAAAAAGAUGUACUCGAUCAUAAUCUCGUUGCACUAGAGUAUAAGAAGUGGCGACCACUGAGGAACAAGCUUUCAGCCGUUUUUACUGGUGAAAAGCUCAAAGAAAUGUUUUACUUGAUGGUGGAUUGCGCCGAUAACUUUGAAAGGUACAUCGAGAAAUUUGCGGAAAAUUCUGAAAUCAUAGAGUUCCGGGAGCCGUGUGCCAAGUUUACCACGCAAGUUAUUGGAGAGUGUGUUUUUGGAUUGGACACAAAGUCGAUUGCUGACGAGAAUAGCGAAUUUUAUAGGUGCGGAAAGCAUAUACUCGAAUCUAGUUUUCAUAAUACUUUUCGUCGCUGGUUACGAGAUUAUGUACCUGCUUUGUACGAUAUGCUGGGACCGUACAAGUUCAGCACUUCAUGCUAA